AUGUGCGGUCUGGCAUUUUGGCUGCAAUUCCACACACCCACGCAGUGGCGAGACUGCGCAGAGGUCUUUCCAGAGGCUCUGGUGGAGGCGGAGGCCUUCGCUGCCGCUGCGGCGGCGCUGCCGCGGCGGGGCCCCGACUCUGAAGGCGAGAGCCUGGUGGAGCUGUCAGGGGGCGAGCUGCAUCUGCGAGCCUGCGUGCUUCACCUACGCGGUGAUUGCGUGGUGUCCCAACCCUGCCCAGUGGAGUCCAAGCAGGAGGAGGCCGGGCUGCUGCUCUUCAACGGCGAGGCCUACGAAGUCCUUCCGGGAGCUUCAGGCCAAAGCCAUUGCCAGGAGCUGGAGGGGGAGGAGUUCGGCGCGGCCAUCAACUUGUACAGGCUGAGGGCCGGCGGCCGUGCUUGGAGACAGGCGGCUGGGCAAGGGCUGCAGCUGGCGGGGAGCGACACGCUCUGGCUGGCGGCCCGUAUGGCUGCCCUGGAGGACGCCACCCCUGGGAGGGAUUGGGAGCCGCUGGCAGCGGCCCUCCGCGGCCUGCUCCAGGGCCUCCAUGGGCCCUUCGCCCUGGCGCUCUGGUGCCCACGGCGCCGGGCGGUCUUCGUGGCGCGGGACCGCCUCGGCCGGCGGUCGCUUGUGGCAGCACGAAGCGCGUGCGGAGGCUGCAUCGCCAGUGCACCCGGGGGUGCCGCUGACAAGUGGAAGGAGCUCCCGGUCACGGGCAUCUUCGUGUUCCACUUGUCCGAGGAGCCAUCAGUGCACCAUGUCCCUUGGGAAGAGCCUGUGGCAUUCGAGCAAAGCUGGUGGUGGGGUUCAGCAGCCGCCGCACCUGCCGCGCCACUGGCAACGUUCGGUGAACUGCUGGCUUCCGCGGUCGCGCUGCGCGUGCUGCAUGUUGCCCAGCUCUCAGGAGGCGCCAAAGACGUGCCUCACGUGGGCCUCCUCUUCUCCGGGGGGUUGGACUCCACCGUUCUGGCGGCGCUGACGGCUGAGGCGCUUCCUGGCCACACCAUCGAGCUGCUCAACGUGGCCUUCGACAGCUCGGCACCAGAUCGCCUUACGGCCCUUUGCAGCUACGAGGAUCUGGUGGGCCAGUAUGGGCCACAGCGCUUCCGGCUGGUGCUCUGCGACAUCACGCAGCAGGAGGUUUACGAGGAGGAGCUGGCCAUCUGCCGCCUUGUCGUCUACGAGAGAUACGAGGGGCAAGCGGCAGAGCACAUUCACGCUGAGUCACGCUUUCAGCCCUUGCAUGCUAUUCCCGACGCGGCCUCAUCAGCAGAUGUCCCAGCCCAUUGA